AAUUUAUUUAUUGACAGAAUCAGAAUGACCGAAUACUACUACGAUGCAUCUUACGAAAUUCAGUGCCCUGCCUGUAAGGGAACAAAAUAUCGAAAUCCUCAGAUGAAGCUCAUGGUCAAUGUUUGUGGACACCCAUUAUGUGAUUCUUGUGUGCGGAUGUAUUUUUUAAAAGAAUCUGCUCAGUGUCCAGAGUGUGGAAUUGUUUUAAAGCGAUCCAAGUUUCGUGUUCAGGUCUUCGAAGAUCCUUUGGUAGAAAAGGAAAUAGACAUUCGGCGAAAGGUAAUGAAAAUCUAUAAUAAGUUUGAGGAGGACUUCGAAACCGCUGCAGAAUAUGAUGACUACUUAGAAGAAAUAGAACAGAUUGUUUAUAAUUUGACAAAUGAUGUUAACCGUUUGGAAACUGAAAAAAAGAUGGAAAGCUAUGAACGAAUUAAUAAAGACCAAAUCAGAAGAAAUUAUGGGAAAAAGAGUAAAGGAGAAGAAGAAAUUUUAAGGCAGUUAGACUUGGAAAAUGUAAUAAUAGAAGAGAGAAAAAAGUCUUUAGCAGAAGAAGAAAACCGAGAGAAAAAUUUGCGACAGAGGAAUAAAACUUCCCUAAUCCAGGAACUUAUGGCAUCAGAAGCAGAUGCCAAAGCUAUUUUAGAAGAUCACAAUAAGCGCCUUGAAGAAGAAAAGCAAAAAGAAGACAAGGAUCGAGAAAGAGAACAGUUGGCUAAGGCACAGAGGGCACUCAAAGCAAAGGAAUUUACAUCUGGUGUGAAGAUAGGAUUUGCACAGAUGAUGAAUGCACCAGUAAACACAACAAAGGAAGAGAAAUAUGUGUAUGAACCUCCAACUCUACCAUUUUCUUUGUCUACACCAUCGUGGGAUGAAUUAGAAACAGGUGGCUACCUCAAUCAUGUAAGGCGAGCCUCACCACAAGCUAAUGCUGGUGGAUAUACAGAGCAUUAUGCCUGUCUAAGAGCUCUUCAAGACUUCAUGGGUUCUUACAAUAUACCAGCCAGUUCUGCAACAUCAUAAAGCAUUAUAAUUAAGUUAAGGUCAUUUCAUAAUACUUUCAUCAUUCAUAAAAUGCCAUCCACACCAUAGUACUUAAAUUUUUUAAUAACCAGUACAAACACCAAGCUCAGUCUUUCUCAAAAUGAUAAGUCAUUAAAUAUAUGGAUGUUUAUAGUA